AUGAGUACCGGCGAGCUCCUCGAUAUUCAACCGGAAGAACUGCAGUUUCCUUUUGAAUUGAGGAAACAGAUCUCGUGUUCUUUACUGUUGUCUAACAAGACCGACAACUAUGUUGCUUUCAAGGUUAAGACUACAAAUCCGAAGAAGUACUGUGUUAGGCCUAACAGCGGGGUUGUGUUGCCGAGGUCGACAUGUGAUGUUAUAGUAACAAUGCAAGCGCAAAAGGAGGCACCUUCUGACAUGCAAUGCAAAGAUAAGUUUCUCCUUCAAAGCGUGAUUGCAAGUCUUGGAACUACCACAAAAGAUAUUAAUCCAGAAAUGUUCAGUAGAGAGGCAGGCCACAAUGUUGAAGAGUGCAAGUUGAGGGUUCUUUAUGUUGCUCCUCCUGGACCUCCUUCUCCAGUUCGAGAAGGAUCUGAUGAAGACUCUUCACCCGAUUCUGCAUCGGAAAACGGGCAUUCAAAUGUUACUGAAUUUACAGCUGCUUCAAGAAAUUUCAAUGGGCGGGAUGAACCUGUGGGUGCUACGUUCGAGACAACAACUCUUGUUUCAAAGGUGACCGAGGAGAGAAAUUUGGCUAUUGACCAACAGAGAAGGCUUCAGCAAGAACUGUUAAAGGUAGAAUGGUAA